AUGUUUUGGCUACUACCCCUCGUGGCGGCCCAGGUGUACGUCGGGUUCCCCCUCGACGAACAGCUCCCCAACAUCGCCCGCCCCAACGAGGCCUACCGCUUCCAGAUGGCCGACCAGACGUACAAGCUGCUGACCCCAGGCACCGCCGUCGAGUACUCGAUCUCCAACCAGCCCGCGUGGCUCCAGUUCGACCCCCUGCUGCGAACGUUCUCGGGGACGCCACUGGACUCCGACUUGGGCCAAUUCCUCGUCGUGUUGCACGGACGCGACCCGCUGGACCAGACAACGUUGGAAAACCAGUACAACUUUAUGGUGAGCUCCGACCCCGGGUUGCAGCUUUCCUCAAGCAACUGGGACCAGACGGUGAAGGAACUCGGCCGCACUACCGGCCCGGGAUCGCAAGCUAUCGUCGUCAAGGAAGGACAAGAGUUACACUUACAGUUCUCCCCGAACGACUUUGUUGCCAACGGCGACGGCCUGAAAGUGGUGAACACUUACGGCCGCCUGGCCGACCGCCUGCCGUUGCCGCCCUGGCUUAAAUACGACCCCUCCACCUACACGUUCUCCGGUACCGUCCCCCAGGUGACGCUGGACCUGGCGCCUCAGUACGACUACCUGUUUGUGUUUAUCGGCACCGACAUCAACGGCUACGCCGCCGCUGAGGGCCAGUUCCGCCUCGUCGUCGGCGCCAACUUGUUGCUGACUAACAUCACCCUGGCCAUCGCCAUCAACGGGCUGACGGGCUCCCCUUUCGACGCCAAAGUACCGCUUAACGAAGUGUUCCUUAAUGACCAGCCCAUCGCCCGCGCUAACGUGUCGAAAAUCGAGGCCCAGGACUUACCGCUGUACGCCAAAUUCAGCGACAGCGACCUCACCAUCACCGGCACCUUCCCCCUGGACAAAAACGUGUCGGACUCGUUUACCGUCGUCGUCACCGACCAGUACCUGAACCAGGUGCAAUUGCCGUUCACCUUGACCCUGUCGCUGCUGGCGUUUACCUCCCAGUGGCCCGACACCAACGCCACCCGUGGCGAGUGGUGGGGGUUCAACAUUGGCGAUUACCUCACUGACAAGCUGGCCAGCGUCUCCGUCAACUCCCUCGACGACUGGAUGACCUGGCACAGCGAUAACGACACCGUCAACGGCUUGGUCCCCGACAAGUUCCAACAAAAAGACGUUGACGUCUCCGUCGCCGGCGAACUGCGCCAGCUCCACAUUAAGGGUGUCGACCCCAUCACCAUGCUGCUGCUGCUGCUGCUGAGCUCGUCGUCAUCGUCCUCGCUGAGCGCGCUGUCGUCGUCGCUGACGCUGGCGCUGUCCACCAUCGCGUCGACGCUGGCCGCCGCCACUGCCACCUCGUCUGACGAUGCCGCCGUCGUCACUGGCACUCCGCAGAACAAGUCGGGGAUGCUGAAUCUGACCAAGCUUGCCAUUGGUCUCGGGGUGGGUUUGCCCGUGGGGCUCUUGGCCGUGGCCGCCGUGUUCUUAUUCUGCUGCUGCUGGCGCCGCCGCCGCGACCGCGCCGCCGUCGCCGCUGCCGACACUCUGAGCAACGACCUUGAGAAGCACUCCGACAUCCCCUCGCCUUACGGCGACAAGUUCCCCGAGAACUUGGCCACUAAGCGCCUGGCGCUGGUGGGGCUCAACGACGCGGUAAUGGCGGCGGGUGACGCUGCUGCCGCCGAGCACGCCGCCAACUUCAACGAUGAAGACGACCCGCUGCCGAAGCAAUUGGCGGCGCUCAAGGCGCUCGAGUUCUCGCUGCCGAAGAAGGCGGCGAAGUUCGACCUGGACAUCCACCUGACGCUGUCGCUGAUGACGCGCAUCGAGCUGGACGACCUGUACUUUGAUGCCACCGAAAAACCCUUGAAGCUGUGGCGAGCUGCCGACUGGGGCGACCUGGACGCCGCUGAGGCGCCAUUCGAUGACGGCGCUGCCCCCAUCGACGACGAGCUGCACCACGAGCCCGACCCCGAUUUGACUGCGGCGGUCAUCGACCCCAACGUGCGCAACUCCGACGCGCUGAUGCUGACGGUGAACACCGACCAGUUGUUCAGCGUACGCUUGGUCGACGAUGGCACUGCCCGUGACCUGGCCCAGCUGGUACCGCCGCUGACCAUAAGGCGCGACAACCUGUCGGGCAACAACUACAGCGUCUACGCCGAUGACGACGGGCUGCUGGGUCUGUUGCAGCCGCUGAACUCGUUGAGACGGCGCCUGAACAACUUGGACGUAUUGGUGGAAGAAGGCACGCCCGGCGCCGGCGCCGCUGGCGCUGCUGCCGCUGCCGGCGGCGCCAUGGGCGCCAUGGGCGCUUUAGACUCUAAUAGACGCGCCCUGGAGUCGCUGGUGUACUACACCGGCGCCUCGGGAGCCCUGAACCCGCUGGAACUGCUGCUGCCAGACUUGUUGGAAAAAGCCAACCGCAAGCUGCUCAUCCGCACCGACGACGUCCCCUACGUCGAGGCUCCUGAGGACGUGAGUGGCGACGACUUUAUCGCCACCGCCACCCCGGAAGGGAUCAUGUGGGAACAGGCGCCGCCGCAGGCGGUGUUGUCGCCGUCUUCGGAAGGGUUCAACUUCACCGACUCGCCGGUGACGUUGAAGAACUCCUUGCGCAACUCGACAUUGCUGCAAUUGCUGAUUGGCACCGGCAACCUGACGGACAUCUUGCUGACGAAGAACCCGCUGCAGGAGCGGUUGGGCAAGAUGCUGCCUACGAAAGCCAAGCUCGUCGAGUUUACCCGUAAGGGCAGUUUGCGCGACCAGCCGACGUUGAUGAUGGGCACAGAGGCCCACCACGAGCUGGUGGCGCUGAUCCGCGAAAACGACCUGGAGCUGGACCGCUCGUCGCUGGGUCUGAGCAUCUACCAACAGUGA